CUACCGAAUCACUGUGUCGUUUGAAAUCCAUUUUCUUCUUCAUUUCUUCCUCAUCUCAAUUCUCAACCAUCUCUCCCUCCCUCUCUCUCUCUCAAGAUAUCUCCGGAGCUCCGCUUUAGCUCUGCUCAGGGCUCAGCUCUUGAUUUUCCCUGGGAAAUGAGCUAACUGGGUCUCGUGAGGAUGGUGACCAGAAAGGUUGGUAAGUAUCAGGUUGGGCGGACAGUCGGCGAAGGUACCUUCGCCAAGGUGAAGUUCGCGCAGAAUACCGAGACCGGGGAGAGUGUGGCCAUGAAAAUCUUGGCCAAAAGCACCAUUCUCAAGCACAGGAUGGUCGAUCAGAUCAGAAGAGAAAUAUCGAUAAUGAAGAUCGUCAGGCACCCAAACAUAGUCAGAUUGCAUGAGGUUUUGGCAAGUCGAACAAAGAUAUAUAUUAUUCUCGAGUUUGUUGCUGGUGGAGAGUUAUUCGAUAAAAUCGUUCACCAAGGGAGACUCUCUGAGAAUGAAUCUCGGAAAUAUUUUCAGCAGCUGAUAGAUGCAGUCUCGCAUUGCCACGGCAAGGGGGUCUACCAUAGAGACCUGAAGCCUGAGAAUCUUCUCCUUGAUGUUUAUGGAAACUUGAAGGUUUCUGAUUUUGGACUAAGCGCCCUUCCCCAGCAAGGUGUUGAACUACUCCACACAACAUGUGGGACACCGAACUAUGUCGCACCUGAGGUGCUGAGCCAGCGAGGUUACGAUGGGGCAGCUGCUGAUAUUUGGUCAUGCGGAGUUAUUCUAUACGUUAUAAUGGCGGGGCAUCUUCCAUUUGAGGAGACUGAUCUUCCUUCUCUCUACAAAAAGAUAAAUGCUGCAGACUUUUCCUGUCCAUAUUGGUUUUCUCCCAGUGCAAAGUUGUUGAUAGAAAAUAUACUCGACCCCAAUCCCACAACACGCAUCAAAAUUGAUGGCAUUAAAAAGCAUCCGUGGUUCCGGCAGAACUAUGUCCCGGUCAGACAUAGAGAAGCUGAGGAAGUAAAUUUGGACGAUAUUCGAAUAGCUUUCGAAGGCAUUGAGGAUCAAUAUGUAACGGAACAGUCAUUAGGUAAAGAAGGGGGACCACUGAUGAUGAAUGCAUUCGAGAUGAUUACCUUGUCCCAAGGGUUGAAUUUAUCAGUUCUGUUUGAUCGCGGGCAGGACUAUGUGAAGAGGCAAACUCGUUUUGUUUCCCGAGAACCUCCAAAGGUUAUAACCUCAUCGAUUGAAGCUGUUGCAGAACAGAUGGGUCUGAAGGUCCAUUCACGUAACUACAAGAUGAGAUUGCAAGGUGUAACCGCGAAUAAGGCUGGUCAGUUUGCGGUUGUCUUAGAGGUCUACGAAGUUGCACCGGCCCUCUUCAUGGUUGAUGUCCGAAAGGCUGCUGGAGAUACUCUCCAGUAUCAUAAGUUUUAUAAGAACUUCUGUGCAAAACUGGAGGAUAUAAUUUGGAGACCUGCAGAGGGUAUGGCAAAUUCCAGCCUGCUUAGAACGGUGUCUUGCUGAUCUGAGCAAAUUACCGGGUGUGAUGCAAUUCCAUAUGCAGACUCGAGUAGAAGGUGAAGAUGAUGAAGAAAAGCUCACUGAGAUGAAUAAUUGGCUCUUCUUUGUGGAAGAUCUGAGCUCUUUCAUAUGGAUAUGCUAUGUCAGUAGUUUUGAGGUGCAAUGUAGUCUUAAGAUCAAGGCUAUUACGCUGUAUAUAUGUUGAUCCCUAGCGAUUUAAUGAAGUAUAGUUGUUGGAGGCGUUACAACUUACAAGGAGCAGAUGCUGAAUCUUAAUUCUUGGGGACUUGAUCUGUAUGUAAACUAUACACAACUUAAGCUUAAGCAGACUUGAGCUCGAUAAUAAAUUUGAAAACAGUGAAACUUCA